AUAAUUUAAUUUACUUAAAGAUGACAGAUGAUCGUCGUUGGAUGUAUAUACGACGAGGUUCUCGUGGAGAUUGUGAUGCCGAAUUCUUUAAUGGAUUACAACAAUUUUUUGAUUUCGGCUAUAGUUGUCUUGGUGUUCACUUGAAUGCCGAAAUUCGCUAUCCCUAUAGUAAAUGUGAAAAUUUACCUCACCACAACAAGGCAACUGUAACAGACCAUCUGUUGAGAUAUGGUUUCAUGGAUGCAUAUUCUAUGUGGUGGGCACAUGGUGAAACUUUAAGUCACAAUGUUGAUCCAUGGUUAGCUGCAAGUGAUGUGACAUCCUCAAGUAAUAUUAAGGAACAUGUUAAUAUUGAGGAACAUGUUAAUGCUAAUGAUGAUAUCCAUCACAUGGUUUAUGAUGCAUUCUGUCCAUCUAAGAACGAUCGCCCUAGAAAUGAAAUAGAGUUCGCAUCUGAAAAUGUUGGGGAUGCGCCAAAUAGACAUGCACAAUCUUUUUAUGACUUGUUGCGUGCUUCAACCAUCCCACUUGGACCAUCAUCUAAUAAUCAAACGUUGCUUGGAUGGUUAUCAUAUAUGCUGCACUGCAAAGCCAAAAACAACAUAACUAGUGUUGGUUACAAUGACAUCAUUAAGGGCUGUUUAGGCUAUGUCAAAAUUGAUGCAUGUGUCAACAACUGCUUUUUGUAUUAUGGUGAUGAGGCCAAGUCACUUACUGUUUGUCUAGUUUGUGGUGAACCUAGGCUGUACAUGUCUCAUAAAAUAGCUGAGCAUAUGACAUGGCACCUUAAAUGUCGUGUUGAUUUGGAGAUCCUCAUUCAUCCUGCUCAGUUUACUGCUUGGAAGCACUUUGAUGCCGUUCAUCCUUCAUUUGCAUCCGAUCUGCGAAAUGUCCGUCUUGGUCUUACAACAGAUGGGUUUAACCCGUGGGGUCAUUCUUCGAGGUCAUAUUCCUGUUGGACUGUUUUCAUUGUUGUUUAUAAUCUUUCUCCUGAGAUGUGCAUGCGACCUGAGUUUAUAUUCCUUACACUUGUUAUUUAUGGACCAAAAAGUCCAGGAAAAAACAUUGAUGUUUUCCUCCAUCCCCUUAUUGAUGACCUGAAAUGGUUAUGGUCAUCAGGGGAAGAAACAUUUGACAGCUUCCGUAAACAGAACUUCACAAUGCAAUCCAUACUUAUAUGGACAAUAAUGAAUUUCCUAGCUAUGGUAUGGUUUCUGGAUGGAGCACGCAUGGUCAUCCAUCUUGUACAGAUUGCAUGGAAAUGACUCGUGCUUUUUACUUGCAAUAUGGUCGCAAUAUCUGCUUCUUUGACUGUCAUCAGUAAUUUCUUCCUGCAUCACACUCGUACAGAAUGGAUGCAACUCAAUUCCUUAAGGGCCACCUAGAAUUUGGCCCCCCUCCUCCACGAUUAGAUGGUCAUUCCAUUCGACUUCGAAUUGCUGCACUAUCUGUUGUUUUAUUUGGAAAUCCAUCAGUAAACCAAACUAUUCUCG